UACAUUUGAAUUGUCCACAACGGUAAUACGUUCAUCUAGACACUUUGAACAAAGAAUGACACUGACGUUUGAUGUUCUAUAAACAACGUGGUGUCAAAUGUUGACUCUAACCAAAAAUCUCAUUCAAAUUCACUUGCCGCACAUUUUUUGUGGAAAAACAUAGAAAUACUUAGGGAAAUACGAGCUCUUCAAUAAGAUCAAUAAAAUGUUCAAGAAUUUGGUAACUCUAGUAACUGGAGGAGCAGCUGGACUUGGACGAGCUACAGCCGAACGAUUUGUGAAGAAAGGUUCACAAGUGGUGAUUUGUGAUUUACCUACAUCAAACGGUGCUGAAGUUGCUAAAAAUUUGGGAGAGAAUGCUUUUUACGUGCCAGCCGAUGUAACUUCAGAGGAACAAAUUCAAAAUCUCGUCGAUGAAAUAUCCAAAAAGCAUGGCAAACUAAAUGUUCUCGUAAAUUGUGCUGGACUCUGUAACGCAUAUGUCACAUACAAUUUUAAAACCGGCAAGCCGAGGACAUUGGAAGAUUUCCAACGCGUUUUGAUGACAAAUGUCUUAGGAACAUUGAAUGUAACUCGAUUAGCUGCUGGAUUAAUAGCUCGAAAUGAGCCCGAUGAAAAUGAUUUGCGCGGAGUCGUUAUAAAUACAUGUGGUACCGAAGCAUUCAAUGCGGUAAGUGGUCAAGUAGCGAGUGCCGCUGCUGCUGGAGCAAUUCACAGUUUUACCGUACCACUUGCGCACGACCUCGGAGAGCGUGGCAUUCGAGUGGUAUCAAUUGCGCCUGGUAUGUUUCGAACAGAAUUGAUCGAUCAAUUACCGACUGAAACGGAGGAAGCUAUCACAUCGGAGUGCAUACUGGCACCGAACAGAUUGGGCCAUCCAGAUGAAUUCGCCCAUGUUGUACAGUCAAUUGUAACGAAUCCAUACAUCAAUGCAACCACUAUUGAAAUAUCCGCGGGGCUCAGUUUGAGCAUGAAUCCAUAGUUAGUUAAUUAAGUUAGUCCAACAUUUGAAUAAAAACUAAAAGUCAACAAAAUCAUUUGUAUUUGACAAAUACUAUUUGUUAAUAUUAUUUUGAAAAAAAUGAAUAAAUUGCAUCUAUUAAUAUUCA